GUUCUCCAGAAGGAUGGGAUCUAGCUGUUACCAUAUGUACAGAACACUUGUCAUUGUCCUGCAUAUAGUGGAGCAGAAAUAAUGCAUUAAGCAUCGACAGCAGUGAGUUAGACGACAUGGUCGGAAGGGGCAGUGUGAGGGCAACACCCAGAGAGCAGUCAGAAGCUAGAAGAAUCCUAGAGUAACCGGCGACCUGCUUGAGAUUCCUGUUCUAAUUUGCUGACUUUUUUUUUUCUUUGCUGGAGGUUCUGGUGUGAUCAGAUGUUGAAGGUGAAUUUGUGGACUCCUGAACAAAAACUUUCAAGAUGAGUUGCUCAGAGAAAUAUAGCUACCAGUAUUAUGUUCUAGUAGUUGUGUAGCACCUGGGAAGAAAGAAAUUCCUUAUUUUAAUUAAAAAAAAAAAAAAAAAAACUUAACAAAAAACAAACAAGCUGUAAAGUAAAAUGUUUUUAACAUUUUCUAGAAAGUCUGUGUCACAGAAGCUCAGCAUUCUUUUGCUUGCCUUUGGAUUGAUUUGGGGACUAAUGUUGCUACGAUAUAUGUUUUUGUAUCCAAGACACCAAAGCAGCUCUGAGCUUCGAGAACAAAUACUGGACUUAAGUAGAAAAUAUGUCAAAGCUUUGACAGAGGAAAACAAAGACCUAAUAAAUGGUGGGGAUGGGGGUUCCAUGGCGGGAUUUGCUGACUUAAAGCGAACAAUUGCGGUUCUUUUGGAUGAUAUUCUACAGCGCCUUGGAAAACUAGAGAACAAAAUAGACUACUUUGUAGCCAAUGGAUCUUCCAGUAAUAGCACCAACAGUUCCAGCGGGAAUAUGGUUCCACUGACUAAACGUAUCAAUACAGCAGGAAAUGUGAGAUAGCGAAUGGAAAACACAGAAUAUUAUUAAAGGGGCAGUACAGUCAAAUUUUACACAUCAAUGGAAUGGUCAAAAGUGUGAAAUUUUAAACCACUUUCCAGUUUAUUUCUAUUAUCAGUUUUGCUUAGUAUAGCUACCUGGCAGCAGUGUUUUCGACAAUGUGUAUAGCGGUGUUUAUACAUUGUUGCAAAUACUGCUGCCAUAGACAUAUGCACAGUCCUAAGUUCCUAUUAGCCUACCUAUCUUUACUCUUCAACAAAGAACAAGAGAACAGAGCAGAUUCCAUAAAAUAAUUAAAUUGGAAAGUUGUUUCAAAUUUGCACGCUCUGACUAAAUCAUGAAAUUAUAAUUUUGGCCUUACUAUCCUUUUAAGUUCCAUACUCAUCUGUCUACACUCCAGAUUGGACUAUUUUGUUUUUUAACAUUCAAUGUAUUGAGACAGCAAACUCUUGAAGCAUAAAGUACUAAAUACCAAGCUGCUAUAGAUGGAACAUGCAUAUAUUUGCAUUAUUGGCCAUAAUCUUUGUAGUGCAUUUUUUUAAAGCUUAUGUAUUAUAUUAAACCAGGCGGGAUAUCCAAUCUGUUUGAAUAAGGACCACAUUAGAUUUGCUUUCUUCAUAUGGAUGCUGGUGAACAAACUGUAAUAUUCAUUUAAAACAGUAAUAUACCUAUAUAUAAUUAUACUUUAAAUUUCUUUAGAUAUAUAGGUGUCACAUAGCUCUAGGUGCACAAAACCUAUAUACACUUGAUCCUGUACCAUAAACACUGGAUCCAGAGAUUACAGGAGUGACCCAGCUAGUGAGAUGAUGAAAACAUGAAAGUGCCAAUUGACAAGAAGUGUUGGCACAUUGCUGAACGUGGUGAGGUGCGCAGAGGAAGCACUGGAGAGGCUGUGUGAUGGGGCAUUAGGUUGGACAACCCUGGCUAAGCUUUGUUGCUGGUUCUAAUUUUAGCACUGUAAAUGUAAAGAGAAUUAAUGAAUUAUAGAAAAAUGUAUACUUUAGAGUACACUUUAUUUUGCUACAUACGAUUUAUGUUUGAGGUAAAGUUAAGAAAGGGUUACCCAAAGAAUGUAUUAUUUGCACUAUUUGUCAAGGCCUAACUGUAGGUAAGUGCUGAUAUGUGUAUCUAUGUUCAUACAUGCAGAACAAAAAGGUACAUCUAUAAAUAAAAAUAAAAAAAGGUUUGAUUUCAAUGUUAUGCUCGUCAUUGUGACAUAGUAGUAAAAUGCCUUUUUUCUUUCCUAUGACACGGAGAGUCCACAACGUUAUUCCAAUUACUAGUGGGAUAUUCAACUCCUAGCCAGCAGGAGGAGGCAAAGAGCACAUAUGUUUGUCUUGUGUUUUUAAUGGGUAAAAUGUUUUUAAACAUACUAAAUAAAAGUUAAUUUUUAUUGA